AUGGCGUCGGCUACUGUAAGUUCGGCAUUCACACAGCAACAGCCUCCAAUAUGUAUUUUACAAAGUUGGCGUCGUGAACAAGCUACGCCGUAUGAUGAAUAUUUGAUUGAACAACCGUUCCUCAUCGGACCUGAUACUGCUGUGCCAAGUUCAAGAUUGCGACAAUGUUUCAGAAACGUGUACGAACAACGCGCAAAAGCUCUUAUUAUUGUUCAUCGUGAUCCCUGGGAAAAGAUAUCAGCAGUUCAAUCAAUCGGAACAUCGACAAACACGAGAGCGUCCCAAACAUGA